AACUUUUGUUUCCAUUUAUUUUAUUCAAGUGUUGAAUCUCAAUAGAUUCUUUGACAUACAAAAAAGACCAAAGUUUUAUUGAACAUUGACAUUUUAUAUGAUUAUAUUCGUUUGGUAUUAAUAAUAUGAGUAAAAAACGUGUUACAUAUUUUUAUGAUCCUGAAGUCGGUAAUUUCCAUUAUGGUACAAAUCAUCCGAUGAAACCACAAAGGUUGGCAGUUACAAAUUGUUUAGUUCUCAACUAUGGCCUUCAUAAAUACAUGAAUGUUUAUCGGCCAUAUCGAGCAACUUAUCAUGACAUGUGUCGAUUUCAUUCCGAAGAAUAUGUUGAUUUUUUAUAUCAUGUGACACCAUCGAAUCAAGCUCAAUUCCAAAAGGUGAUCUCACAAUUUGGUGUCGGUGAUGAUUGCCCCGUAUUCGAAGGCCUUUAUGAAUUCUGUACUCGAUAUACUGGAGCUAGUUUACAUGGCGCCUGUCAACUCAAUGAUAAAGUUGCAGAUAUUGCCAUUAAUUGGUCGGGUGGCCUUCAUCAUGCUAAAAAAUUUGAAGCAUCUGGAUUCUGUUAUGUCAACGAUAUUGUCAUAGCCAUACUCGAGCUUCUUAAAUUUCAUCCACGGGUUCUGUACAUCGAUAUAGAUAUUCAUCAUGGUGAUGGGGUACAGGAAGCAUUCUAUCUAACCGAUCGUGUAAUGACCGUAUCGUUUCAUAAAUAUGGUGCCUUUUUUCCCGGUACCGGUGAUAUGUAUGAAAUUGGCUAUGAAUCCGGCCGUCAUUAUGCUGUAAAUGUUCCAUUAAAGGAUGGUAUCGAUGAUGCUGGCUAUUUUAGCGUGUUCAAACCGAUUAUAAAUGAUGUUGUCUCAAUUUAUCAGCCUACUGCCAUCGUAUUACAGUGUGGUGCCGAUUCACUUCAUGCUGAUCGUCUUGGCUGUUUUAAUCUAUCAUUUCGUGGUCAUGGUGAAUGUGUUAAAUAUGUAAAAAGUUUAGGAAUACCAUUAUUGGUUUUGGGUGGUGGUGGUUACACUUUACGAAAUGUUGCAAGAUGUUGGACAUAUGAAACAAGUCUACUUGUGGAAAAAGAAGUUCCCAACGAUAUACCAUUAAUGGAAUAUAUUGAAUAUUUUGCACCGAAUUUUACACUGCUUGAUGAUCUCGUACAGCCACCAGGCUCUGAUCAGAAAUCCAUUCGAAAUAAUGAAACACAUCAACAUAAUCAUAAUACAAAAUCCUAUCUUGAAAGUAUUGUUAAAUUUGUUCAGGAAAAUUUACGCAUGUUAGAUGGUGCACCAUCCGUACAAAUGCACUAUGUACCACCUCCUUGGGUUUCGGUUGAUGAUCCGGCUUCGAAACCAUUGACCAAAGAAGAAGCAAUUAAUGAAUUCUACGAUCAUUCGGAUCAACAACAGCAACAACAAUCUGAUGAUUGAUUUCCACCAUUGUGGAGAUUU